AUUCCUGAAAUUGUUUUAUCAAAGAGUCACGAGUGUGAUUCAGUGAACAAUAGAUAAAACUGUGGUACAAAUAGCACUGAGUUUCAAAUAUAAAACUUAAUGAUCCGAGUGUAAGAUAGCGCGACGAAGUUCACUAACAUAUAAUUUAAACAAUAAUUUAUAAAACGGAGAAUUUGAAAAUAAAAUAUAGUGCGUAUAACUUCAAACAAAAAGAGAUGAGGGCCAUGAUGUAUUUGAUGCUCGGCGUACUUUCAAAGACAGUGCGCAUGGAUAAAUCCUUUCCAGACUGGUCCUGCAAAAAUAAAGUCGCUGAUAUCGUCUUUCUGUUAGACACUUCAGUGAGCAUUUGGAAAGAAGAUUUUGACAAGCAGCUAGUCUUUGUUGAACACAUAGUUAACCAACUUCCGGUUGGAGAAAAUGGCGUUCGUGUUGCUGCAGCUACUUUUGGUACCGAUGUUAAGACUAGUUUUCAUCUUGGAGACUACUUCGAUAAGACUGACUUACUGGACGCCAUUUACGGUAUUCAAUAUCGUCAAGGGAGGACAAACACCGGAAGUGCGAUUAAGCAUGCGCGAAAGAUAAUGUUCGCAGAAAAACAUGGCGGCAGGAAAAAUGUCGAGAAAGUCCUGGUUGUUAUCACGGACGGAUUUUCGAUAAAUCCUCAUGAAACUGCAAACGAAGCGUCGAUAUGUCGUAGUCACGGAAUGAAACUAAUUUCCGUGGGUGUUGGACAUGGGGUUGAAGAGUACGAGCUAAAGCAUAUAGCGAGCGAGGUGAACGGCGAGAAGUUGGUCUAUACAGUAAAUGAUUUUGAUUCACUGAACAGCAUAGAAGACGUCAUAACAAGAACAACAUGUGAUGCUAUAAAAACAAAGGAUGUUGAAUUGGCAGACGAAACUGUUAAAAGUCAGCCUACCAAAGAUGAAGCAAGAACAUAUUGUAACGGGAAACCUGCGGAUGUCUAUUUCGUUGUGGACUCUUCGAGUAGUAUACGUAAAACUGACUACAAGAAAAUGUUGAAUUUUAUUACUGACGUCAUAGAUCUUUUUGACAUUGCAUCCCAGUCGACGCGCGUAGGCGUGGUUGCAUACAGUGACACCGUACAUCCGGUCAUUGCACUUGAUAAUAACCUCUCCCCAAAACACUUGAAACAAAAAAUAAUGAAUAUCCCCCAUUUCGAAGGUGGGACUCAGGCCGGAAGUGCUCUUAGAUACUUACGAAGAGAAGGGCUAACACGAGGUUUAGCGCGGGAAAGUGUUGCUCACGUGGUCAUUCUAUUGACUGAUGGAAUGUCUUCUGAUUCAAAACUAACACUGGAAGAGUCUAAGAUACUUAAACAAAGAGGUACAUAUCUGUUUGCAAUUGGAAUCGGUGACCAGGUGGAUACACAGGAACUAGAGGAUUUGUCAAGCUACCCUCGGCAAGAUUUUGUUUUUUUGAUGGAAGAUUUCCAGGUUUUGUCAGCCAUUAAGAAUCUGCUGGCGAUAAAAACUUGCAAAGGUUUACCUACACAAGCGUCUACAGAUGCAGAUAACGGUGGUUCAGAAGUAUUACAGGCUGACGCAGAUGAAGGACUAUGUUCCACUCACAAACAUGCCUUGGAUGUCCUUUAUGUGUAUGACAGCCAAUUUAUUGAAAAGGAUCACGCUGACGUCAUCGAAAAAUUGAUAUCCGAAAUGCUUCUGGCAACAGCGGACAGUCACGUGAACACGGGUCUCGUGACACGAGCAUCUGACAAACCGAUACAUGUUCCUUUAUACAAGUACAAGGACAUUGCGGAAAUAAAACCUUUCCUUAAAAGGUCACAAUCAGAAGGUGUCGCUGCUGUUUUAAGACAUGCGCGCGUUGAAGGAUUUUCGUUUGAAAAUGGCGGCCGAAAGGAGGCCGCGAAGAAGGUUGUUUUAUUUGUAGAGGGAGAUAUUGAGGAUAGAAACUUGAAAGUUCGUCUGGCUGCUAAAAGACUCAAGUUCCGGUCUGAUCUGGAAUUGUUUGUAGUGACAUUUGCAAAAGAGGCUAACGAAAUUGUUACCUCCCUUGUUGACAGUCGCGAAAACUUGAUACAAACCCUCUCUACAAGAACAUUAAACACUGUGAGGAGAUCGCUCCUCGAAAAAAUAUGCAAGAAUAGAAUGGUGUCUGACCUGAUAAAACUGCUCACAAAGCGUUCCCGACUGUGCCCCGACCAGACGACAUAUAAGAGCGAUGAUACUUGUGUACUUUUCCUCAGUCGGGCCUUCUGUUUUUACUCUUGUAGUUUGUCUUGCUUUGCGAACUUGAAUUUGAUUUUUUUUCUUCGGAAAUUAUUUCGUUCAAGGUUCGAGCAUAUAAUGCAAGUGUUCUUGCGAACCGCAGCGCUGGUACUACUGGCGAAUGCCUUCACUUCAGUAUUCGGACAGGAUUGCCCACCUGAUGACCCGGUUUGUAGACAGAUAGGUCAGAGCGUGUGUGUGCCGCCGUUGUCGGAUACUUUCGGCAGAUCACAAUGCGGAAUUUAUUGUGAGUUUUGUUACUAUAACGACACUACCGAUGCGCCAACCGGAGUAACGGGAGUGACAGGAAUAUCUACGUUACCAACAACGGAGACUACAAUACCAAUCCAGGAAUGUCCCGAUGACGAUCCAAUAUGUCGUCAGGUCGGAAUUGAUAUCUGCGGACCGGAGUAUUUCGAUUUCGCCAAAAGAAAAUGCGGUCAAUAUUGCGAAUAUUGUUUUCUAAACGAGACAUUACCAAGCCAGGGAACGCCAGCUUCAGAAACGCCACCUAACAUUACUGUAACAAUGCCACCACAAACUACAACAACAACAACGGAAAUGACUACAACAGUGACUGAAAUACCGGCAACAGAGCCUUCGACUACACUGGGAACUGAGAUACCACAAACUGUCACUGUCACGUUACCGGAAGUGACCGAAAAACCACAAACUGUGACUGUUACGUUACCGGAAGUGACCGAAAAACCACAAACAGUGAUUGUUACACAAACAAAUGCGACCGAAAUACCACAGAAUGUCACAGCAAUAGUAACAAAAGCUACUGAAACACCGCAAACAAUGAUAGUUUCACAAACGGCUGCAACCGAAACCCCACAAACAGUGAAAGUUCCACAAACAAUAGCGACUGAAUCGCCUCAGCCCAUGACAACCGAAAAACCAAAAGCAACAGAAAAACCGAUCACGAUGGAAACAACAAAAGCGACUGAACCGCAAAAUGCUUCACUUGCGACCACAAAGGCGACUGAGAACCCACCGAAACAAACUUCAAAAUUAGCAACGUUGCUAGUACCGGAGACGACAACUGCUCGUCCAGUACCAACAACACAGGGACAUUGGCUUUUCCAAGAUUGUAACCGGACCGCAGAAGUCGUGUUUGUUUUAGACUCAUCAAGCAGUGUGGGUGCAGACAAUUUUAAAAUGAUGCUUGAAUUCACACAGAAUAUCACAGAACGCUUGGAAUCCGAAUACGAACGCUUGAACCUUACUGUUAUUACGUACAGCAACGAAGCAAAGGUUGCUUUACAGUUGAACGAUUCUGUUAAUGUAUACACAGCAGUUACCGCCGAGGGAAAAAUCCCGUACUCGCAUGGCGGCACCCAAACACACAAAGCUUUAGAAUUAAUGAUAAAAUCAUUCAGCCGUGACGUCAUUAAUCCAAAGAUUGCUGUGGUAAUCACAGACGGUGCUUCGUUUGAACCAGAUCAGACACGCAAAGCAGCCCAGUAUGCAAAAGACAAUGGUGUAGCUAUUUUUGUCAUUGGUGUUGGCGAUGACGUCAAUACUCACGAGACAAAGGAUAUCAGUAGUGACCCGGAUGGAAGGUUUCUGUUCCAACUGAACAACUUUGGGGCUCUUUCUUCUAUCUCUGAGCUAUUCCAUUCCAAAACGUGUCUAGUGUCAACACAGCCAACGACAGAAACUACACAGAAAAUAACUGAACAGACUGUGACUGAAGCUCCACAAACUGUUCAAACAGUUACAGAAACACCACAAACUAUAACAGUGACAGCUAAAAUAACGGGAUCCCCACCUAUGCCAGUAUCUGGAGAAUCACCAACUCCAAAACCAGCCGUUGUUAGUACUGAUAAACCGUCUGCCAUUCCACCCGUCCAGACACAAACACCAAUUAUUGUUCCUGUGGAAACUGGACCGACAGCAGGACCUGUAAGUGCACAAACACCAAUUGUUGUUCCCGUGGAAACUGGACCGACCGCUGGACCUGUAAGUGCACAAACACCAAUAAUUUUUCCCGUGGAAACAGGACCGACAGCAGGACCUGUAAGUGCACAAACACCAAUUGUUGUUCCCGUAGAAACUGGACCGACAGCAGGACCCGUAAGUGUACAAACACCAAUAAUUGUUCCCGUUCAAACGGGAUCAACAGCAACGCAAGUAAGCAAACAAACCCCCAUUGUCGUCCCAGUCGAAACUGUCUCAACAAAGAAACCAGUAUCUAUUACAUCUGUAAUUGUACCAGAAACCCAGAAACCUCAGAAAACUACAGUGACAGAAGAACCAAAAACACAACCACCUCAACAAACAACAACAAAGGCACCAGAAACCCAGAAACCUCAACAAACAACAAUAACAGAAGAACCAAAAACACCGGUACCUCAGCAAACAACAGUGACAGAAGAACCAAAAACACAACCACCUCAACAAACAACAACAAAGGCACCAGAAACCCAGAAACCUCAACAAACAACAAUAACAGAAGGACCAAAAACACCGGUACCUCAGCAAACAACAGUGACAGAAGAACCAAAAACACAACCACCUCAACAAACAUCAACAAAAGCAUCAGAAACCCCAAAACCCCAGCCGAUUACAACAACAGAAGAACCAAAAACGCCAGAACCUCAGCAAACAACAACAAAGGCACCCGAAACGCAAAAACCUCAAAUAACAACUACAACAGAAGAACCAAAAACACCCAAACCCCAACUAACAACAACAAAAGCACAAGAAACCCCGGAACCCCAACCAACUUCAACAACAGAAGAACCAAAAACACCAGAACCUCAGCAAACAACAACAAAGGCACCCGAAACACAGAAACCCCAAAUAACAACUACAACAGAAGAACCAAAAACACCCAAACCCCAAAUAACAACAUCAAAAGCACAAGAAACCCCGGAACCCCAACCAACUUCAACAACAGAAGAACCAAAAACACCAGAACCUCAGCAAACAACAACAAAGGCACCCGAAACACAGAAACCCCAAAUAACAACUACAACAGAAGAACCAAAAACACCCAAGCCCCAACUAACAACAACAAAAACACAAGAAACCCCGGAACCCCAACCAACUUCAACAACAGAAGAACCAAAAACACCAGAACCUCAGCAAACAACAACAAAGGCACCCGAAACACAGAAACCCCAAAUAACAACUACAACAGAAGAACCAAAAACUCCAGAACCUCAGCAAACAACAACAAAGGUUCCAGAAACCCCGAAACCUGUACCAAGUCCAACAACAGAAGAAGUGCCAAAAACACCAGAACCUCAGCAAACAACGACAAACGCUCCAGAAACCCAGAAACCUCAAGAAACAACAACAAAGGUACCAGAGACUCAAAAACCUCAACCAAUUACAACAACAACCGAGAAACCUAUAACUCAAGAGCCAAAUCCAACAUCCACGGUGAAACAAACGACUGCAAAACCUCCGCCUAAGCUUACCACGGUGAAACAAACGACUGCCAAACCUCCACCUUCACUUACCACGGAGAAGCAAACGACUGCCAAACCUCCACCUACACUAACCACGGAGAAACAAACGACUGCAAAACCUCCACCUACACUUACCACGGAGAAACAAACGACUGCCAAACCUCCACCUUCACUUACCACGGAGAAACAAACGACUGCCAAACCUCCACCUACACUUACCACGGAGAAACAAACGACUGCCAAACCUCCACCUUCACUAACCACGGAGAAACAAACGACUGCCAAACCUCCACCUACACUUACCACGGAGAAACAAACGACUGCCAAACCUCCACCUACACUUACCACGGUGAAACAAACGACUGCCAAACCCCCACCUUCACUUACCACGGAGAAACAAACGACUGCCAAACCUCCACCUUCACUUACCACGGAGAAACAAACGACUGCCAAACCUCCACCUUCACUAACAACGGAGAAUCAAACGACUGCCAAACCUCCACCUACACUAACCACGGAGAAACAAACGACUGCCAAACCCCCACCUACACUUACCACGGAGAAACAAACAACUGCCAAACCACCUACUUCACUGACUACGGAGAAUCAAACGACUGCCAAACCUCCACCUACACUAACCACGGAGAAAACAACGACUGCCAAACCUCCACCUACACUUACCACGGAGAAGCAAACAACUGCCAAACCUCCACCUUCACUUACCACGGAGAAACAAACGACUGCCAAACCUCCACCUACACUUACCACGGAGAAACAAACGACUGCCAAACCUCCACCUACACUUACCACGGAGAAACAAACGACUGCCAAACCUCCACCUUCACUAACCACUGUGAAACAAACGGCAACCAAAACCCAAACUGCUACAGCAGGGCCGAUAACUACAACACACAAGUUACCGACAACAACUGCAUCUUGUAUCAAGAAAGUCGCCGACAUUGUCUUUGUUGUCGAUUCAUCUGGCAGUAUUGGCGCAGACAACUUUCAGAAGGUCCGGCAAUUUAUCAGAGACGUGGUAAUGACCUUUGACGUUGGUCCAAACAGCACCCGAGUAGGACUUGUCGAGUACAGCACGUCGGCUCAUAUAGAGUUCAAACUGAACGAGAAAACGAAUCGCACAGAUCUUUUGUCAGCUGUAGACGCCAUUGCAUACUCUGGUGGAGGAACAUCGACAUCAGACGCUCUCGAGCUUAUGAGGUUGCAAGGCUUUGACGGCGAACGUCCGGGCGCCCCAGACAUCGCAAUCGUAAUAACUGACGGACUUUCGAAAUACCCACAAAUCACUCGGAAACAGGCGGACCUUGCCAAGGGUGAAGGCAUAACAAUGUUCUCCAUUGGCAUAGGUAACCUUACAGACCAGAGCGAGCUUGUUUCCAUAUCCAGUGACAGGAAGUUUUUGUUCCAGGUCGGUGAUUUCGAGACACUGCUGACCCUGGACAGUGUAGUGGCGCAUAUGGCAUGUGGAGUUGUCCUACCUGAACAACAUUAUACUAGAAUAGCAACUACCGCGUCAACCACGCCGUCGGGCUGUGUGGAUUUAAGCCCCGACUGUGCCUCGUACCCACGGGACUCGUGUACGGACUACGCCCCAUACGCCAAGAAAAACUGCGCAAAAACUUGCGGUUAUUGCCCAGGUUUCCCCCUGGUGGAACCAGCCUGUGAAGAUAAGCUGGGUAACUGUGAACAAUACGGCACAGAUAUGUGUUACAAUCCAGCCCAGUUUAGCUGGGUCGAUACAAACUGUAGAAAAUUCUGUGGAUUUUGCGGUAACAAGACUGAAUUAUACAUUACCACAACUCAACCAACAACAGUUGUUACAGAUGCUAAAUGCGAGGAUAAAUUUUCAAGUUGUGCAAGCUACAAUGCGGACCUGUGUACGAACCCCACAUAUGACUCCUGGGCACGGACAAAUUGUCCGAAAUAUUGUGGCAUUUGCUUUAAUUACCACCACGUUACCAGCGUGGUAGUUAAUAAAAUUCAAUGCCCAGCUUGGAAACUUCCGGAGCAAUGCACAUUAGAAUACAAGGACGGGCAAUGUUGUCCUUUCCCGAAAUGUACCGACGGUCUCCGACUAUCUAUAAAACGCCUCUUGUGAUAGGCAAAUUUUGUGUACUAUUAUUGUAUAUUCAUCAGCAUUGUAGUUUGUUAAAACGAUACAUUUAAAUUUCGUAUAUCUAAGACUAAUGUAUUUUGAGUUCCCCCGUUUGUUAACCAGUACAUAUGUAUGAUGGACAAGUAGGAGCAUAUUAUUCCGUCCAAAAUGAACUUUACAGAUAUAAAAACGCUACAAUUUAUAUUUCAAAAAAGUCAUGGCCAAAAUAUCUUCUUACGAUGUAAUAAUUUAUAUUCAUAAA